AAAGAUGUUAAAUAAAUGCCAAUGCAUCACUCCUACGACUCUUAUCAAUUCUGCUCUUAUAUUUUCCCAUUCUCCAAUUUCUCAUCAGCAUCCUGAAUUCACAGAAACAAAGAUGCAGAGAUUGUCUGCAGUGAGGUCCCUAACUUCUUCACUAUUCAGAAAACAGCCCCAACGAGGCUUUGCUACUGCGUUUUCUACUUCCUUCCUCUUUGAUGAUACCCAGAAGCAGUUUAAGGAAAGUGUGGCUCAGUUUGCUCAAGAAAAUAUUGCCCCUUAUGCCUCAGAAAUAGAUAGAACAAAUUAUUUUCCCAAGGAAGUUAAUUUAUGGAAAUUGAUGGGUGAUUUUAGUCUCCAUGGAAUCACUGCUCCUGAGGAAUAUGGAGGAAUGGGCCUAGGUUAUUUAUAUCACUGCAUAGCUAUGGAAGAAAUAAGUCGUGCUUCAGGGUCAGUUGCCCUUUCAUAUGGUGCACAUUCUAACCUAUGCAUUAAUCAAUUGGUGAGGCAUGGAACCCCUGCUCAGAAAGAAAAAUAUUUGCCAAAGCUAAUCAGUGGAGAGCACGUUGGAGCUCUUGCAAUGAGUGAACCUAAUGCUGGCUCAGAUGUUGUUAGCAUGAAAUGCAAAGCUGAGCGUGUUGAUGGUGGUUAUAUUCUGAAUGGGAAUAAGAUGUGGUGCACGAAUGGUCCAAUAGCUCAGACACUGGUUGUCUAUGCAAAAACGGAUAUGGCAGCUCGCUCCAAAGGAAUAACGGCCUUCAUCAUUGAGAAGGGAAUGUCUGGAUAUAGCACUGCCCAGAAACUAGACAAACUUGGGAUGCGGGGAAGUGAUACAUGCGAGCUUGUUUUUGAAAAGUGCUUCGUUCCUGAAGAAAAUGUUCUGGGUCAGGAAGGGAAAGGAGUUUAUGUUAUGUUAUCGGGCCUAGAUCUAGAGAGGCUUGUUUUGGCAGCUGGACCUCUUGGACUCAUGCAGGCUUGCCUUGAUGUUGUUCUUCCCUAUGUUCGACAGCGAGAGCAAUUUGGCCAACCCAUUGGACAAUUUCAACUUAUACAGGGAAAGGUUGCUGACAUGUAUACUUCAUUACAAUCUUCAAGGGCGUAUGUGUAUUCUGUUGCAAGGGAUUGUGACAACGGAAAGAUUGAUCCACAGGACUGUGCUGGUGUUAUACUUAACGCUGCCGAAAGAGCUACACAAGUUGCUCUUCAGGCUAUUCAAUGUCUCGGGGGCAACGGAUACGUCAAUGAAUAUCCUACUGGACGUCUUCUUCGUGAUGCCAAAUUGUAUGAAAUCGGAGCUGGCACCAGUGAGAUUAGACGAAUUAUAAUUGGUCGCAAUCUCUUCAAGGAACAGUGACGGAGAAGAUGCUCAAUCUUUUUGUUUCAUGGCUCCUUCAUAUUCUGAUAUCCUGAUAUAGCAGAUACCUGGUACCGGCUCUACAGCUUGACUUCCAUUGAAAACUCAGACAAGAUCCAUUUUCUUGCAUAUAUUCGUUCACAUUCUGAGGUGAGAAUCUUGUUUAGAAACAGGAAAUGAAAAGUUAAAAAAACAUUCAUCUUUGUCAAUAAACAAUGAUUCUGGAAUUCGACUGCAGCAAAGGAUGUUUUCUGUAACCAAAUAAAUAUCAUUCUCGUAUUCUAACA